AUGAUGACAAACUCAAGUCUUUACAAGAUUAACUCCUCUACUCAACUCAAUGUUUUCUCUUCGGGCACACCCAACUCCUCGCCAGCCUUAAUAUUUCUACAUUUUUGGGGUGGUUCCUCUAGCACCUAUGCUCCUCUCAUUACUCUACUCUCCUCCAACUACUAUUGCCUAGCUCUCGAUUUUCGAGGCUGGGGUUCCUCUACCGGCCCACAAGAUCCAGAUGCGUAUCACAUCACGGAUCUCUCCAACGAUAUUUUCAGUCUCAUUCCCGAGUUUCUCCCACCAAGUCACCCAUUCAUUCUGAUCGGCCACUCAAUGGGUGGAAAGGUUGCUAUGCAUCUCUCUUCUACCAUUGAAUCACUUUCUCCUACAAAAUCUUUUCCGAGACUCCAAGCCCUCAUACUUCUUGCGCCUGCUCCUCCAACGCCUCUGAUUCUUUCCGAGGAAAUGACAAAGCAGCAGUUGACAGCCUAUGAUAGCAUUGAAGCUGCUACUUUCGUCAUUGCUCAUGUUCUGUCCUCUUCACCUCUUUCUGAACAUGUGGUCAAUAGUUUAGCUACGAAUGCGCUAGCUGGCAACCAGUAUGCGAAAUCAGCAUGGCCGAAAUAUGGGAUACAAGAGAAUAUAUUGGAGGAGGCGAGGAACAUCGCUUUGCCGACAUUGGUGUUCGCUGGUGGGGAUGAUAGGGUUGAAACGCUAGAAAGAGUGAAGGAAACAUUGUGUAACCUGAGUGGGGUGGCAGAGGAAAGAAAGUCGUUAAUAAUCUUGGAUGGAAUUGGACACUUGAUGAUGUUGGAGGCUCCGGACAUGUUAAGUCAUGAGAUUGAAAGGUUUGUCGACGGAAUUGUGCAUGUGGUUGGGCAAAUUAAAGAUUAA